CUGCCCCUUCUGGCCCUCUUGUAGCAGCAGAUCGUCAGCCAGUCAGAACCUCAAAUAUUCAUAUUUUACGGAAAAAUUCUUAAUUUACCAGAAUAAUAUUGCAAAUAUGGCUGAGGAAAUUUCCAGGCCCAUGAAAUACCCAUACACUUUGUCUGCAAAGAUUGCUCAAUUCCCAUUCAAAUAUUACUAUGACAACAGCUGGGUAUUCAAGUAUAGUGCCUUUGCAUUUAUUCUCUGUAUUCCAAUCUUCUACAAAAUUCAGAAGAUGUCCUAUAGCCCUGAAAAUGUUAAGAAAUGGCAAGAGACCCGUAGGAAGGAAUUCAGUGGUGAACACUAAUAUAUACCACAUUCAAGUUUAGCGUAAUAUCAAUAAAUCAUACUUCUUUGAUUAAAUGGUAAAAUGUAAUUAUUUCUGUUCAAGGAACAAUAAAUAAUGUCUCUAAAUUGUUAAAGGACAAACUCAUGUAUUUUAUUUUGAAGGUGUUUAUUACCAAAUUAAUUGUAUAAAACGUACAUCCAUUACAAAUGAUUUUCAAUUGUGCUGUACAAGAUAAUGCUUAAGAUCCAAGUGUAUUUUUUUUUUUCAUUAAAAUUUGGGUAGGUCCAGCCCAAGAUUCUUUUUCGAUUGACAUGGAAGUGUUUCACAUCUCAUACUCUGACACAAUUAAGUACUGUUAUUACAUUAGUCUAAUGCAAAUUUAAAAUUAUGCAAAUCCAGUAUAAAAGUUUCCAUGAAUCAAACCUGGAUUGUUUAUUUUUAAAUAAGAUAAAAUCUAAAAUUUCUAGUCUAAAUGAGCUUACAGUUUUGAAUCUUGUGAGGCAUAGAUCGUGAAGAGAUUAAAAAUGCUCAUAAGACAGGUGUAAUAUUUAGUUUUCAAUUACUCUAAGAUGUAAAUACAUAGUUAAAUCAAUAAAUAAUAAUUUAUGAACCAAGUGGAUUAUAUAACAAUAUUGUAGAACAAUAAAUUGUAGAAGUGCUAAAUUGGAUACUCAAACUGAAACAUUCUGAAUCAAAUGUCCCACACACUGGUUCUUAUGUGAUUGCAAUUAUUAGCUGAGAAGUUUAAAUUUUAAUCAAUAAUACUAAUCUCAGCUAGGUCUACGAAGGAAUAGACAAAUAUAACUCGUGUGCAAAAAAACUUGAAAAAAAAAAAAAAAUAAAAAAGAGAUUA